UCUCUAAACAUCGGAAAAUUAUACACACACAUCCCCUCCACUCUCUUCCCCUGCUAAUUGUCCCAUCACUUUUAUUUUUUUUAAAAAAAAAGUUAACUAGGUUGUGAAUCUUCAAACCAAGAAAUUGAUUAUAUUUUGAGGAUUGUGCUUUGAUUAUUAUUAUUAUUUUUUGUGGGUAAGUGCCUGCUUUGAUUUUAGUUAAUAGAGAAAAUGGUUUAUCCUCUGGAACAUCCAUAUUAUGAAGAUUGAUGUGUGGGAAACAUCUGAAUAGUUUAAGUUAUUUGAAUAGUAUUUUUUUUCUUUUUAUUAUUUAUUUAUUUUUGUGUUCAUGAAAAAGGUCCAUUUAGAAAGGAACCGGACUGCCAACCAGGUUGAAGCCACCGAGAUUUUUUUGACUGAACCGACGGGUUUUUGUGAACCACAAGUCGGCUGUGAUUGGAAAAUUAGCCAAUCCUCCAUCCAUGGUUUGGUUGUGUUUUUAUCUAUAAACUGCAUUGAACUGCCUCGUGCACACCCGUAGUGCUACCCAACUCAUGGUCCUUUCGUUCCAUGAGUACAGAGUUCAUAUGCUGUUGAGUUGAAUGGAGAUUGGAGAUGUUGGUUCACUGCAUUCCAAAUCAAUGGGAACUAGAGUGGACAAAGAAUCUGUCAAGUCUUUAAAACCAACUAUUUCAACUAGUAUACAUACAAAGCCCUGUGUCUAAACAUCAUUGUCGUUAUGGCACUCACACAAUUUUCUUUGAAUUAUUACUUCCCAAGUUCCAGUUGCCAUUCUUCACCGUCUCUAAGCUUUCUCCUAUUUCACCCACAAACCCGAUCUUCAAAUAGUUUCAGAUCUCUGAAGUUCAGAGUGUCUUGUUCUCAACAGACCAUUCAACUUGACACCCCACAAGACAACUCCACAAAGAGGAAGAGAAAGCCCAGACCAAGUUUCUUUGAUCAAAUUCGCGACAAAUGGUCUAUGAAAACCCCGUCCUUGAGAGAGAAACUUCCAUGGCAAGAACAAGAACAGAAACAGAGCGAACCAAUUGAAGACGACGAAGAAGGUCAGAGCCAUCAGUCGUUUGGGGUUACUGUAAUUGAGUCAGAACCUGAUAAGGACCCUUCAGUGAGUGACCUGAGUUUUGUUCCCACUAAUCGUGUAGUUCCAGCUCCUUGGAUUCAUGGAAGCAAACCCAGCAAAUCCCAGUUUGGUUCUGUUUCCAAAAAUUUACAAGACGGUUGUGAAAACGACAAAACGAUUGAUGAGUUUCACAAACACUGCGAAGACAAUGUUUCAAGUAAUGUUGUUCGAGAAUCAAAGAAUUUGGAAACUCAAGUUAAUUUUGAUGGCAAAUUUAAUUAUAGAGGAGUUGUUGACACUAAUGACACCCCAAUUGAGUUAACCGAGAAGAAGGUGGCAUUACCGGUUGAGGACAUCAAAAGGGUCUCUUUUGAUAGGAAGUCAUUCAGUUUUGAUCAGGAAGGUCCUAGUUUUGACGGUUCUAGGGGUAAGAUUGAUUCAAUGAGGUUUACCGUGGGAGAGAGAGAGUGAUUUGGGAUCUGUAGAUGGUGAUAGGUUGAGGAAGAGAAACACAAUCCUGCCGGAGAAAUUAAUACCAGAAAACGAAUUGAAGAGGCUUAGGAAUGUGGCUUUGAGGAUGGCAGAGAGGAUCAAAGUUGGAGCUGCCGGUGUUACAAAGGCAUUGGUGGACUCCAUCCACGACAAGUGGAAGGAAGAUGAAGUGGUGAAAUUAAAGUUUGAAGGGCUUCCUACACUUAACAUGAAAAGGAUUCAUGAAACUCUAGAGGUCAGUAUUGGCACAUUUGUUUCCAUAACUAUGACUAUGAAAUAAAGUAAUGAAACUUCAAGUGGCUUAAUUAAUAGUGUAAUUGGACCUUAUUUUAAUGACUAAUCAGAGAUUCAAGUAUACUGAUGUAAUUUGCUGCAAUAUU